GUCAGUUUCAGUGUAUACUGUGCUGAAUGAUAACAAACCAAAAAAAUCUAACUGGAAUCAUCGUAAUCGGAUUCCCAUUCAUCGAUUCUGAUCUAUUUUGAACAGCCGUGUUCCGUUCGAGAAGGAUAAUCAGAGCCGUAGUUUCAUUCAUAAAUAGUGCGCUGCUCUAUAAGUAUACCUAACAUUCCGAUGUCAGACGCCGUAGGUAAUCCGUUUGUCGCUCGAACGGUGGCAGCCCAGAAUCCAGAAGCCAUGGACACAACGGACGAACUUCCGGACGGAGACGAAGCCGAAGAUAUUCCGGCAGCGAUGACCGAAUCGUACAGCGAAAUUGCUUACACGCAAAAUUUCUUCGGUGGCGCAAACAGUGACGAACAUGACGGCGGCGGGGCUACCGACGAUGGCCAGCACGGAGGUUCCGGAUCGUCUUCGUCGUCCUCGUCGCAAACACGGAAGCGGCCGGAUUCACUGAAUUGUGACAAGCGGAAGGAUGCUUCGUUUCCGUACAAUUUGGAAGGGACAGUACGAGUGGACGGAAACAUGACACACUUUGUGGCGGAAAACCUGGAGUACAAAAUUAAACUGGCAAGCCCGGUGACGGUAACCCGAAAAGACUCCAGCAAUCUGUCCGGCUCUCGACAGAGCACUCCUUCGGCCGCAACGGGUGGAAUCGGGGCUAGCGGACCCAGUGGUUAUGGCCUAAUGCCGAAGCCGUUCCAGUUGCCACCCCAUAUGCACCAAAUCGAUCCGAACGUGCUGAAUGAGAUUGAACGGGAAGCCCAGGCUCUGGCCGCCUCAGUUGAUAAUCUGACGGAAAACCUCUGCUCGGUGUUGCAUUCGAUUUCCUCCAUUACGGCGGACAAUGUGGAGAUCUACAAAAACGCCGUCACAAAGCUUACGGACUGCAUGGAUGGUAACAUCAAGUGUAUGUACACAAUCAUGGCCAAAGCGGAGGAGAUUUCGAAAGCGAUUAAACCGGCGGAAGCCCUGGCAACGCGAAUACGAGAGAUCAAACGGCUCGUUGAUAUGUUCGAAAGUAACGUUUGAAGUGCGUGCAGAACUGAAGACAUUCCGCUUCUCUCUACAACACCAUGGCAUAGUGUGGAGUCAACGGUUAGAAGCAUAAUCAUCGCCAUUGGACUGCUUCAUGGAUCUCCUUUUCGUUUGGCUUACCUGUUUCGUUGUCGCGAUAAAAGAGUUUAGCAUAAGCGCAUGUAAGUAAUUUUCUCUAUUGUAGGAUUAAUAUUUAUUUCCAUGUUA